AUGGAUGUUGAAACAUUAAUUCAGCUAUUUGAGCCUUUUAUUACACAAGAUCCUUCUGCCAUUAAGGAAGCAAAUAGGAAAAUAACCGAGUAUUCAUCAAAUCACACUGGAGAAUUCAUAAUUAAUUGUUGUAAAAUAAUAGAAUCAGGUCGGAAUUCAGCGAAAUACAUCAUUAUCGCAUUAAAUACAAUAAACAAUGCAAUCAACACAUCAAAAAUGCAUUCAAACGCUAUCAAAAAAAUAUUUUUAGAAUAUGAUGAAGAAAAUUGUAACUGUUUUAUCAAUGCGCACCUACAAGCAUUACUUUAUACUGAUCCUAAUAUCCGUAGAAUUGGUGCAGAGAACUUAGUUUACUUUGUUGCGAUUUCAGAAGAUUAUUUUCUUCGAAUUUUUGAAUUGAUCAAACAAUACUUCGCGAACGAAGAUAAUAGAUUAGGAAGCAACGCAAUUUUUGCCGCUAUACAAUUAUUUUCCGAAAUGUUGAACUAUGAUUUGAUAAAUCGUUUCAUUUUAAGCGAAGGCUUCGACGAAUAUCAAAUGAACUUUGUCAAGAUAUGCGAAUACAUAUUGAAUACUGAAAAUCACAAAACAUAUCAAGAAAUGAUUGUUGUCAAAGACUUUUUUAAGCUUUAUUUCAUGAGAAUCAACAGUAUAAUUGAGCUAGGACAAGAAGAAAGUAAUGUGAUUGUUCAAUUAUUAGGAAAACUUGAUAUGCAGUCAAUUUUAAAUACAACUGUUAAACUACUGAGUUCUAGUAAUGAUGGAUCAAUACACAAGCUUUGUUAUAAAUUGUUAUACAUUAUUAUUGAGUUAUUUUACAAUUUGACACCAGAUUCAAUUGAUACAGAUUUAAUCAACAAUUUUUACGCAAGUUCUGACCAAGAUUUUAAUGUUGACAGUGAUUCCAAUAUAUGUGCAUGCAAAUUCUGGACGAAAAUCAUCAGAUUGUUCCAAAAUUCUCCAAAUUUCAUAAAUCCAGAAAUAAUUUUCAAAAUUUUUGGCUAUUUUAAGACAUAUUUAGAAUCAGAUACUAUUAGUAUUGACGAAAGAAUGAAUGGCGAUCACUUUAGAGUAAUUCCUGCAGCACAACUCUUAUUUAAAGAAUAUUCAUGUUAUCCGGACUCAAAACAAUUCGCGGAAUUUCUUUUAGCUCUUUUUAAAGAGAAUUAUACAAGCGAAGACCCAAGAGUUAUACUUGCUUCGCUUCUUUCUUUUGAAUCUUUGUUUGCUAUAUUUGGAAUUUCAGAAACUCCGAAUAGUCUUGAUGAUUUGACUCUUAUAGCUAGUUUUAUUAAUUCAGAGCAUCCAAUCAUAAGGUUUGAAGCAGUUUAUAUCCUUAGAUUAAUUUGUGAGAAAAAUUUACAAGAUGUUUUUGAUAAAUACGAGAAUUUACUUGAAAUUGCUGCUAAUUCUAUCAGAAAAGGUUAUGCAACAGGUCUCCAAUACGAUCUAAUUUCUGGAUUUAAGUUAUGCAGAGCGAUAAUUAAGUCAGAAUUCGAAUACAAUGAUACUUCUAUACUUGCAUGCCAUGAUAUUAUCUUUGAAACAAUUUAUCACAUUCUUAAUACGGAUUUUGACGCAUUAGAAAUAGAAUUAUUGAAUGAUAUUAAGAAAUUUUAUCGAACUAUUAUUUCUGAUCUUAUUAACAAUGAUAAAACUAAUUCAUAUUACGAUUGCAUCAAUCAUUUGUUAGAUAAUGUUGAAAUAAUACUUCCUCUUAAUGAGCGAAAGCCGGCAGUUCAAUGCCAAGUCCUACAAGAGUUUUAUUGUAAUAUGAUUGAAUAUUACAUUGAAGCACAUGAUCAACACUUACUUCCUAACAAAGCAAGAUUCCAAGGCGAAAUGAUUUUUAUUAUUGAAAAGCUUGAGCCACAGAUUAAGUGUGGCUUUGACAAUCAAAAUGUUUAUGUAUUGAUAUCUAAGAUAAUUUCAGCUCUCAAAGACUCAGGAUUUGAAAUGAGUAAUGUUCCAGAAAAGAUCUAUGAAAUGCUUGUAGAAUACGAGAAAAGGGUCAUUGAUGAAUUGGAUUUCUCUGCUAUUUUGGAUUUCAUUGAAAUUCUCCAUCUUCUUAUUAAUGGUAACCCGAGUUUAUUGUCUGAAACAGCUAAGGAUUUCAUUGAAAAGAUUAUAAAUAUAAUUGAAGAUGAAAAUACAUCACAAAACAUCGCUGUUGCAUGCAUAUCUGUAUUAGGAGAUUUAUUUAUAAUUAACAAUGGACCUUACCAGGAAAUUAAGGAUAUAAUGGAGUUUAUUGAACAAUAUACUCAUAAGACAUUCGAAGUUUUUGAUAAAUCUUUGUUGUCUGAUGUACUUACUGGUGUUCUCAACAUCUUCACUGCUUUCAUACACUUAUUUAAAGAUCAAGAACUUGCAUUCACUGAAUAUAAUGAAAGAAGUUUCAUCAGAUUAUUGUAUCCAUUAAAUUUCAUCAGAAAAAUUGAAAAUCUGAAUUAUUUGCAACCACUCAAGAAAGAUUUAGUAUAUGCUGUUUAUACAUUCUUGAAAUACUUCAUUGACUAUGUUUUGCCAAAAGGAAGGAUUCGAAUUUUGAAUAAUUACCAAGUAAUCAUUAGUGGAGAAUUUAAAAGAUAUUCAAUGGAAAUAACUGGACUGGAAGAUGAAACUCUAUUAUCAUAUUCCAAUGAUAAAUUUGAACAAAAUAAAUUUGAAGUAAGCAGGAGAUAA